AUGCGAGGGUCUUCACCUCGCCAAUACCCUCCGGCGGACCCAUUACCUGACUUCCACCAAACCGAUCCUGGUCCCAAUGAACCAGAUCCUGGUCCCAACGAACCGGAUCCUGGUCCCAAUGAGCCCGAUCCUGGUCCCAACGAGUCCAAUCCUGAUCUCAAUCAGCCUGCACAUGAGCUUGACAAUAUCAAAGUCGAGCAUCAUCCUCACAGCCAAAUUCCUUCUACCGUGCAUCGCUUCUCUGAGUUCUCUCGCAGCUGCCCAACAGAAGACUAUGUACCUCGUAACGACUCGCCAUGGGAGCCAUUCCGCACACGGCUUGAUUUCGAAGUAGCAGAGAUUGCACUCGAAGCUGCGAUGACAAAGGAUCAAACCAAUCGCCUUAUCAAUCUCAUACAUCGAUCUGCUAGUGGCAAUGACACGUUCACACUGCAUAAUCAUGAUGAAGUCUGCUCCCUCUGGGACCUUGCUUCGCAACAUUAUACUAGAUUUCAGAACGAUGCAGUGUCUGUUCCCCUCGGAAAUGAAGUGCGCGAAUUCGACAUGCACUACCGCCCUCUCUGGGAUUGGGUCCUUGACUUGUUAUUUGUACGUUUUAUUGAUGAACCAUGGACUGCCGAUGCGUUUUGGAAGGCACAAUCGCAGCUUCCGCCCGAUGCAAAACCACUGGCAUUCAUCCUCUAUGCGGACAAGAGUAAACUAUCGUCAUUUGGGAGCCAAAAAGGCUAUCCAAUCAUUGCGCGCAUCGCUAACCUACCGGUUCAUAUUCGUAACAGUAAUACUGCCCUAGGAGGUGGUCGUGUCGUUGGCUGGCUGCCCAUUAUUGUUGAGGAUCAAGAACAUGCGAAAAAGAAGAACUAUGUAGACUUUAAAAAUGCUGUCUGGCAUACAUCCUUCUACCAGCUUCUGGCCUCGGUUGCGAAGCACUCAAAUACAGGCUAUUGGUUUGAAUGCGGAGACAGAAUACGACGUCAUCUCUGGCCCCUCAUUUUAAUCUUAAGUGCCGAUUACGAAGAACAAUGUAUCAUGGCAUUGAUCUGUGGGCUUAAGGGAAAAUUUCCGUGUCCAGUUUGUUUGGUUCCACAAGACGAGCAGUCCAUUCUCCGUACCCAUGAGCUGCGCACAAGCCACCAAUCUGAAGACAUACUCCGCACUGCAAGAUCAAAGCCGUCUGAGAAGGAAAAAGAGGAUCAUCUAAAGGCUUUCUCGCUUCGAAACAUUGAGAAUGUCUUCUCGAGAAUCCUUCAUGUCGAUGUUCAUCGUGCACUUUCUUUCGACCGCCUGCAUACAAACGAGGAAGGAUUAUGGGGUGACCAUUUGUGGAAGGAAGUAAAGUUUUGGAUUUUGGACCUCGGGCGUGAAGCGGCUGUCAAACUCGAUAAAAACUUUGAUGAACUUCCACGAUGGCCUAAUUUAACACAUUUUUCAUCUGUCGUCGCAGUUGAUUUCACUGAUGGUUCUGUUCUCGGUGAUCUGUCCAAGAUGAUCGUUUUUGCGGCACAGGAUAUCCUUACUUCAUCCCACUGUAAACUGGGACAGUUACUUCUUCGUUGCAUUCACUACUACGUCGAGUUUGAUAUUUAUGUCUCAUUAGAAGUACAUACAGAGGAUACAAUCGCAGCUGGAAGGCUGGCACUGCAAAAGUUCUCAGAAAUGAUGGAUGAAUAUAUUGCACAAUCGCACCCCGAAACCAACAAAAAUUGGAACUUUCCAAAGAAACACUUGGUCUCGCAUGCAUUCGACAAUAUUCUAGCCAAAGGUGUGACACGUAACUACAGUACCAAGCCAAAUGAAAAGAUGCAUGGCUCUUUACGAAGAAUCUAUCUUCAACGCACAAAUUUCAAGAAUGUUGCUUCUCAUAUUCUACACUAUGAUGAAUGGCUUCUAACUUCGACAUCCAUGCGCUCUGAACUCGCCGAACUCGACAAGUACAAUCAACGAGACACCUGUGACCCUGAGACCAACGAAGUACUGGAUGACUCCGACACUGGAACAUCUAAAUCUACUACUAUUCACGCACAUUUAGGUUCAAGGCAGGGUAAUAACUCUUUUUCCGACAUCAUGCACUUGCAUGGAACUGACAGGGCCUUCACCAACUUUCGGAUGAAGCUAAACGACUUCUUAAAUGGCUUCCUGCCACAGAAUAACAUUCCAUUACCAGAUGGAAGGCGCAUUCACAUGCAAGCAGAGGAUACAAUAACAGAGUUUAGGUUCUUGCGGAUCAAUUAUGAAUCACUAGUCGACUGGUGCAUGCACCGAGACCUACUCCGAUGCAAUCCAAAGUUCUAUGGAUCGCCGAGAUACGACUGCGUCAUCGUGAACACUGCAAACACACCAUUCUUCGCUCGCCUCGUAUACAUGUUCACUUGUUUGGUUGGUGGCACUGAAUUCCCUCUCGCACUUAUUCAGCCAUAUGACAUCGGUAUUGCUAAUAGUCGUCGGAGGCGGGAUAAUGAUAUGGGAUUGUGGCGCGUGCGAGCCAAACCUCGCUCUUCUUCUGAAAUCAUUUCGGUUCGGUCAAUCGUUCGGGGAGCUGCUCUCGCCAGAAAUCCCGAAACAGAUGGGGAUUACUUCGUCAUCCACACUGUGGACACUGACAUGUUCCUUCGAGUCAAGGCACUCCAGGCUAGCGCUCAACCAUUGUGA